CGAUUGGCUGUAUUUACCAGCGUGGAGUUUCAAGUAAAGUUUACUUACGCUUCUCCCACUGUUAUAUUACGGUGUAGUACUUGUUAAGCAUCGUCUCGUAAACAUCACCGACACCCCAACAGCUGUGGUCCCCUCUUCCUCUCUCUCCUCCUCCUCCGAGCAGCCACUGGAAGGGCUCGGGCCAGGACUGAUGGCUCUUCAGAAACCUGCCUCCGGCAAAGAGCUGCUUCCCCUCAGCUGGAGGCAGACGCUGCCUGAAGAGCAGCAGGAGUGGGUGGGCCGGGCGCUGUUCCAGAUGGAACCCAGCAGCGGGAAGGUUGUCCUUACCUCACCGCUCAAACUGUGGUGGCACCCACCUGGCGCCCAGCCCCUCUACACACAGCCCCCCGCCAAUGCCCACGACUUUUUCCAGCGGCCAUUCUUUCUGUGGAUGCCCUAUCAGAUGUGGGCAUACCAUCUUAAGUGCCCUGCCGAUGGGCAGAAACUGAUGGCCGCUGGAUUAUACGAGACAGUCCGGAGGGUCUUGGACAUGAGUGGGUGGUAUUUUAUGGCCACAGAGUGCCUUCAGUGCUCCGCCUGUAAUAAAAAGAUUGUCGGCUGGUCGCAGGACAUCGUAGAUCAGCUGGACGUCGCACACCGUGAGCAAUUCCCAGCUGUUCUCACAUACAACUUGUCCUGUGACAAGGCGGUGAUUAGGCAGUUAAAUGAGCGCACCCUGGGCAACAGUGUGGCCCGCCUUAGUGCCUCCCUGGUGGAGCAGCACUCCAGGGAGUGGAUGGCGCGGUCGAUCCAGUAUCUCUCCGUGCUCCGCAAGCUGAGGGCACCUGGAGCGCCACCAAAGGAGGUGUCGAUCCCAAAGCUCAUGAAGGUGCCCGAACUCACCUGGUUCAGCAGGGUCUACAUCCUGGAUGCCAUGACCAGGCUGGACGACACCAAGGCCAGGGUGACGUCCAUUUUUGGCGAGAUUCUUAAGAUGGCCUCCACCAAGAAGAUUACGAAAAAGCUUGCGGGUGCUGCUGCCGGCUCGGCCGCCUGCAUGACCAACGUUGGCAACGAGUACGGGCAGGUACUAGUGUCCGUCCUCACGGCAGCCGAGGGGGACGGACUGGCCAACAUGGCGGCCGGCCUGAUGCGGCGGUACCGCGCAGCCGGGAAGGCCCCUCCCAAGGUGAUGUACGUGGCCCAGGACUGCUGUGCCACCGUGGGUACAUCAUCAGUACACCACAUGUUCCAUGAGUGGCACGAGCUGGUGGUCAGGCUUGACGUGUGGCACCUCAUGCAACGCUUCGCGAGGGGUGUCACCACAGACAGCCACCAGCUCUACGGCCUCUUCAUGGCGAGGCUGUCCUUCGCCAUUUUCGAGUGGGACACCGGAGACAUCGCCCGCCUGAGAGCGGCCAAGCAGUCCAUGGAGGGGAGGGACGUCCACAUAAAGCUGUCCGCCAAGGAGCUCGCUGGGCAUUGUCGACGCCAUACGAAGGGUGCGGCGGAGACAGAGCGGCUCCUCCGGGAGGUGCUGGACGCCUUCUGGCACAUGACGGACGCCAUGGGCGUCCCAUUGAUCGACCGCGCCCGCAUGGAGGAGAUCUGGAGCACACAGCGCCGCCACCUCGACUGCAUCCAGGACCCGGAGGGGGUGGAGUUGUACACCCAGACAGGUGAGCUCACCAAGGGCGGUGUUAGGCUCCCCGUCUACCGGUGCGCACGUGGCUCCACUUCAAUUGAGUACUUCCACCAGCGCCAGUACCACUUUAUUCCGGGUACAUCUGCGAGUGACGUACACUUCCAGGUGUACCUGCUGGAGGGCCUGGUGCGGUGGAAUGAAGACCAUGGACGAGAGGCAGUCGAGGGAGGUCAACGAGCGGCGCUGCGGUGCUACAGUGCCCAGCUGCGGCACACGUUCAACCAGCUGGCGCAGGAGGUCAAGGGGGUCGAGCUGGUUGAUGACUACACCCAGCCCAGGGAGUACACAGGGGAACUCUUGGGGGUGGAGUAUUUGUACUCCCAGUCGGGCGCUGUGCUGGAGCAGUACCCCAACACUCCGGAUGGGACCGAUGAGGCAGAGGAUGAGGACUACAGCUUUGAGGAAGAGGAGCCAGAGGAGAUCCGUCUCCUGGUCCAUCACAACACUCUCCUCCAGGAGCCCCACAGUGUCCCUGUGCCUGAGGCCUCAUCAUCCCAGUUAGGACCCCAUCCAACCCCCGAGGACAACAGGAUGGAGGUGCAGCAGGCUGAGGAGGAUGAAGACGUCAUUGGGCCAGACGGUCACCCUGGUUACCAUCACUUGGUGGCCCUGGCCCACAGCCUCGUGGAGCUGCGUCAUCGCCCCUUUGUUACCGCUCAUCAGUCCAGAGAGGUUGUCGCUCUCUGGGAGAAGCUGACUGAGAGGGACAAGGCGUUGGUGACCUUCCCCCGCCGCCACCAGGACAGGCUGGUCCAAGGCCGCUUUAAGACCAGCAACCGUGUCGCCGUGGGUCAGGGGGCAGGAGCGGCACAGUCUCCCAAAGCCAGCAGGCUUGUUGAAGCCAUCAUGCUGGAGCUGUACCGCGUUCACAUCCACGACGUCAAGACAUUCGCUGGGGUCCGCAUCAACCGCUGGGCUGGCGUCAUGAGGGACUACAAACAGAUCCAGGAAAACGUCGUCAACUCUCCUGUCCUCAUGGCGUGCACCCGGAUCCAGCUCUACAAUGUUCAUCAGCGGGCUCUGUCGAUGUGGUACAAUCAGAGGAGCAAGGUGAUGAUGAGUGACAUAAUCGCCGUCACAGUUCCGGGGCCCAGCACUCCCCUGACAGCAGCGGAGCCCCUGCCUGCCCCACGGACUCCUCUGCAGGGCCCCCAACAGCCAGACCAGAGCCUUGAGCACCACCUGCCCACGGAUGCCUCUGGUCUCGCUGUUACAAUCAGAGGGCCGCUGGCCCCGGAACUGUUUGACCUCAUCAUCAUCCAGCAAAGUGCCACGACCUCCUCAGCUUCCACAACAGCCACUGCUCCAACCGUUGCUCCAGCCAUCACUCCAGCAACCAUCGCUGGAGCCAUGCCCCGCUCUACUGCCUGGAGGCACCGGGUCCAGGCAGAGCAGGAGCGUCGUGCCCGGCAGAAAGGACGCAUCCUCAAGCCCUUCAAAAAGGUCUCCCAGUUUAUGUGCAGGCGCUGUGGCCAGCCAAAGACAAAGGAGUAUGGCCACAGCCGCUACAAACGGGGGACCUUUUGUGCCCAGGCUGACAGGGGGACCGUGGAGCAGUGGCUGUUGGAAAUGAAACGCAGAGAGCGUGAGGGGGCCACGGCCGCCGCCACCACCACCACCACCACAUACCGCACCAUUUUCCCAGCACCCUAGUACUCUUUUGUGCUGUGCACCCCCACAACUUUUAUGUAAAUAUUUUUUAUUUUAAUAAAUCCAU